AUGUUUUUCGUGUGGAUGAACUUCAGCCUCGGUCUUCAAGCGCAUCAAAGCUUGGUGGUCUUCAGCCUUGCAAUCUUCUUGCCAUUUAUUCCAGCAGUGACGAAAUCAUUCCGCCAUUUGCCGGCUUGUGCGCACAAGGGACCCCGUGACCGCACGUUGACCAUGCGCUUCCUCCGCCAGCUGCUGCCCGUCGCCAUGGCGGCUCUAUUCGGGUCGUCGGUGGCGUCGGCAUCAGAGCCUCGCUGCUUCCCCGAGAAGUUCAUGUUUGGCUCGGCUACCGCUUCGUACCAGGUGGAGGGGGCUGUCAAGGAAGGCGGCUGCACUUCCAGUAUCUGGGACGAUUUCUGCCGUGAAAAACCCGGUAUGAAAUGUGCCAACGUGGCCGACGACUUCUACCACCGCUACAAGGACGACUUGGAGCCCAAGGGCUGGCUCAACCCGGAGAUCGUCGACCACUUUCUCGAGUACUCGACUCUGCUUUUCAACGAGUACGGCAGCAAGGUUCAGCUCUGGACGACGUUCAAUGAGCCUUGGUCUUUCGUUGAUCUAGGCUACGCUCUCGGCUGGCAUGCUCCUGGGUACUCUGGUUCGGACACGCAGGCGUACGCAGCCUCCCGGAACGUACUGCUGUCCCACGGUAAAGCCGUGCAGAAGUUCCGCGAACUCAAGACUAGCAAUGUUAUCGGCGAAAACGCUCGCAUCGGUAUUGUGCUAGUGUCCAACUGGUACUACCCCUUGGACCCGAACAAUAAGCGCAAUGUUGCUGCUGCCAAGCGCGCGUUCGACUUCGAUUUCGGCUGGUUCCUGAACCCCAUCGUGAACGGCGACUACCCGGCCGUCAUGCGUGAGCACGCUGGUGACCGUCUUCCUAAGUUCACGGCAGAGGAGUCUGCUCUGCUCACGGGCUCGUACGACAUCUUCAUGAUGAACCACUAUGGCUCGCGUGCCGUCACAGAUUGCGACUCGGACCGUUCAAACACACCCUGCUCGACCCUUCUGCCUGGCUACCAGGCGGAUAAAGGAGUGGAUGAAAGCCAUGUCAUGCCUGGCACGCGUGCCGGUGUUACGGACCGCUUCGGCAACAGCUACUGCAAAAUGUUCACCGGUUACCCGCCGGGAUACCUCGAUACGAUGCGCUAUCUGCACAUGCAAGACACCACAGUCGACAUCCUACUAACGGAGAAUGGAUGGUGUGGAAACGAUGACGUGGACAAUUACGACCAAUUGUGGUACUUUAAGUCGUUCGUCGAGCAGGUGUACAAGGCAGUCGUGGAGGAAAAGAUCCCCGUCGUCGGCUACACAGCGUGGUCGUUCCUCGACAACUACGAGUGGGGCACCUUCAACCCGCGCUUUGGUUUGUAUUAUGUCAAUUUCACGGAGCAGACAGGAUCCCCGGAUUUCUAUGAGCCGAGGACCACCGAUCUAGCUCGCAUUCCUCGUCCGUCGGCUAAAUGGUUCAAUAAGGUGGCCACCACCAAGUGCCUGGACAGCUGGAGCGAGUUCAGCACCAAAGUGACGUUGCACGAAAGCGCGACCAACAACUUCGGCUUCGUAGUCAAAUUUGUUGCACUCGCAGCGGUAGCGAUUGGCAUUGCUGUGGUGAUCGUGUACAAGCACCGCCGCAGCGGCUAUAAGCCGCUCUUGUCACCAAACUAA